AUGCCUCGACUUGUUCCGCGAUCUAAAAUUCGUCAACUUGAAGAGAGACCUGAAACAAGUCGACAAAUCCUUGUGCCGGAAUUAUUAAAUGUGCAUCCGAUACCAGCAUCAUUAUGGAAUCUUUCGGCAGCUUUACCAACCAUUCUCCAUCGUAUGAAUACUUUGCUGCUAGCUGAAGAAUUACGAGCCACAAUUAUGCGAGACGCUUUAGGAUUAAGCGAACAAAUCCUUGAGGAUUAUACGUGGGAACCAUUGGAUUAUACUACUAUUUUAGAUGAACCAGAUGUAAAACCUGUCACAAAAAUCGAUGAACUGAAUAAAGAACACGAAAUAAGCUCUCGUGAAAAAGAAUUCGUUGCUAGAACUGAAGCAGGCAACCCCGAAAUGCUGGAUUUUGAAAUUGGUGUUUGGGAUCCAGAAUUAGCUUCUAAUUUGGAAUCGCCUGGCAGCAGUAUUCCUAUUACCGCUGAUGCAAAACCAUUUCAUAAUGAGGCAGAACCAGAUACGGUUGGAUUGCUGUCUGCUGAAUCAGUUUUAAGACAGCAUGGUGAUAUGUCAGAUGAUGAAGGCGAAGCUGCAAUUGUAUUGUUUGAUUUCAUGAAUAGCGUUCACGAACGACUUGGACAGGAAAAUAUACAUAGCAUAUUUGCACCAAGAGAAAAUAUACAAUCUGGUGGCUGGGAUGAUCACAUAAUUUUCGAAGAACCAACUAAGAGCGGAAUUGUACCUCUGUCAGUGACCAGUGGUGGUUCAUUAAUUGAUAGUCGUGCAUUAAUGGAUGAUUUAUCAAAAAUGAGUUGGGGAAUGGAGUCUUGCUUUCAAGCAAGUAAUGUUUCCAAUGCAAUGAAUAUUGCUUCUCAUACAACUGAUGCAGCAGAGCAAAUGCAGGAGAUGACGAAAACAAAAAUGGCAGACAAAACAUGCGGAAAUUGGAAUCGUCAAAACUUGUUCCUCACAAAAGGCAAAAAGCAGCAACCUGCAAAGUUAUAUUUGGAUACUAUGGAGCAGUUAGAGAGUAAUGAUUAUGCAUCAUCAAAUAAUAGAAAGCAAGAAGAAAGUGUUAAUCUUUUGGAAUUCCUCGAUGACGAUUCUGAUUUGAUUGCUGAAGAGUCAAAUUUUAAUAUUCUGAAUAAUGCAUUCGAUGAAACCUAUACUCUAAUUCCUGUUGGUUUUUCCGUUAACUCUGUGCUUGUUGAGUGUAUGGCUAAAACUGCUGCGAAGGUUGAAGUUAUUUCACCAGAACUUAAAUGGAUGACUUUUUCAUUUCAAGAAGAUACCUUGGAUAAACGGCCUUAUGGUGUUUCACCUUGCAUUCUACUUCAAGCUCUCACUUUAUCGAGUGCAGCAGAUGGAAUUAAUUUAGAACGAUUGGAAACAGUAGGCGAUUCAUUUCUAAAAUUUGCAGUUACUGACUAUCUAUAUCAUGCAAACAAAGAUCAACAUGAAGGAAAAUUAAGCUUCGCAAGGAGCAAAGAGGUCUCUAACUGUAACCUUUAUCGAUUAGGCAAAAAACGAAAUCUUCCUUCCUUGAUAAUUGGAACGAAAUUUGAUCCAUCUGAUGGUUGGUUGCCUCCAUGUUAUGCACCAAUAACCGAUUUUAAAACGCCCAAUCAGGAGGAUGCUGAAGAAAGGGAUUUGUUGAUGGAAAAAGUUCUUGAAGGGAAUAUCCCAUAUGAGCAGACUAUCAAAGCUAGGACUGGCUGGGAUGAAGAUGAUUCUAAUAGUGAAAUUCGGAAAGUUGUUCAUGGGGUUGAAACAAUUCAUAUUCCUAAGUCGAAACAUAUAAAUUGGGAUGGAACAGAUGAUGUAUGCCCAUUAGCAUAUAAUACACUAACUCAACAAAGUCUCUGUGAUAAAUCUAUAGCCGAUAGUGUCGAAGCAUUAAUUGGUGCUCAUUUGCUACAGUUAGGGCCUACAUGCGCGUUGAAAUUUAUGAAAUGGCUUGGAUUAAAAGUUCUUACUAGUCCAGUUGAAAUCGAAUCUCCAUUGUUGAAGUUCUUAGAUACUUCUGAACAGCAUCCACGUCAGUAUAGUCCUGGUGUUUUGACUGAUCUUCGUUCUGCACUCGUCAACAAUACAAUAUUCGCUUCACUUGCAGUGAAGUAUAAUUUUCAUAAGCAUUUUGUUGCAAUGUGCCCUGGGCUUCAUUUCAUGAUUGAAAAAUUCGUUGAACUUUGUAAAGAAAAGAAUUUUUCUCAAACAAAUUUCAAUGCAGAGAUGUAUAUGGUCACGACUGAGGAUGAAAUUGAUGAAGGAGAAGAGGAAGAUAUCGAAGUUCCUAAAGCUAUGGGAGAUAUAUUUGAAUCGGUCGCCGGUGCUAUUUAUUUGGACAGUGGAAGAAACCUCGAUACCAUAUGGCGCAUUUUUUAUAACCUAAUGAAGGAAACGAUCGAAGAAUGUUGUAAUAAUCCACCGAAAUCACCUAUUCAGUCAAAUGGUGCUUGCGACUUACUGUAUCGUACUCUGUCAAAAUUGGAACGUAAUUUGGCCACUGGUAAAAUUCGAGUAACGGUUGAUAUACAUGGGAAGUGCCGAUUCACCGGUAUGGGUCGGAGUUAUCGUAUCGCUAAAUGUACUGCCGCUAAAAGGGCUUUACGAUAUUUAAAAAGUUUAAGGAUAGAAAAGGAGAAAGCUGCUCAAAAAAUGGAUCAAUUAUAG